GGCAAGCUCCGCGCCGGGAUUCGAGCCCGUACGCGCGGUAGCACGAGGUGGCGGGGCAGCCACGGCUGCCCUUACGCCGCCGUACGGCUGCCUCGCGCUGCCGCGGAGCAGCAAUAAUGCUCAGCUGGCUCGUACUCCUCGCUUUAGCAGAGGCCGCCCCGCCGCCCUACACACGCAUGGAGAGAGAGGCGGCGCCGCAGCUCACAAUUAUUCCAAGACGACAGCGACAAUGCGCCCAAGCAUGUGUGAGGAAAGGAGACGGCUACGUCUACGCCCAGCACCUGCGCAAGGCCGGAGGCACUUUGUUACGAACUUAUUUGGCCAUGUACCGCUGCGCGCCCCUGCGCCAAGCCAUGUCCGCGACGCAACUUUAUAGACUACCAAGAGGCUUCCCUCGCGAAGGAACAGCACCCGCGGCCGCCCAGGAGUCGCUGGCCUUCAACACGCAGAACUUUCUGUUAAGGCCGGCUACCGUCUACAUCACGCUUAUCAGACAUCCAGUGGAUCGUAUUGAAAGUCUGUACUUUUUUGAGGGCAAAUGGCCCCAAAAAAGUUAUAGGAGAACAGAAGACACGGCGAUACCUCUCGAAAAGUGGCUGCGCAAGGUCCGGGCGACGUCUAAGAGAAGAUCCUGGGGCUCCCAGAACCAUUUAAAGCAGAGAGGGGCGUUUCCGCUGCGCCAGCGGAUAUGGGACGAAGUGUCAGAAUACUACGUCCAGAUCUUUUCUGGUGUCGCGGCGGAGGCCACUGACAAGCAUCUGGACGUGGCGAAGAGUGUGUUAGAUAACUUCGACGCGGUGUUGAUUUUAGAAAGGUUGUCUACGGAAGAGGGCCGCGACGAAGCGGAGGCAUUACUGCGGAAGCUCCUGCCGACCCCCCGCGUCGAGCGUGCGUGCCCGCCGCGCCUACCGCUGCACAAGGUCAACGAAGGGAGCGUGCGGAAGCGGGCCGAGCCGCUGUCUCGGGAAGAUCGACUGCGGAUUGUCGCGCUGAAUCCGCUUGACUUGGAGUUGUACCGACACGCCGUGACGGUCCACAAGGAGCGCGUUGUCGAAGUCAUGGGGCCGUGUCGUGUCCGUACAAACUGCACUUCGGUUCGAGAUCGCGACCUGAACCUCAUUUGGGGCGAGGGCGCGUUACGAAGCUGCGGGCGGAUGGUCUACCGCUCUGGUCGGGCGGGGUGCCGCGCGUGAGCAAGGGCGGCGUGUUGUGCGGACCUUCGCGUCCUCCUCUCCUCCUCCCCUCCGAGUUUGUCCUCGAUUGUAAUUUACUUCUUUUUCUA